CAGCAGGGGGCGAAGUGUCGUUCUUCUCAUUGGGUCAAGAUACGAACAUGGCGGCGUCCAGUGUUUUCAGAUCGGGCUUGUUUAACCAUAAAGUUGCGAUAGUUACAGGUGGAGGCACCGGAAUAGGUAAAGCUAUCUCUACGGAGCUGGUCGAGCUUGGUAAGUGGAUGUUCUGGGUCUCAGCAGGACAUUUUUUUAAUCACUGCACAGACAGACUGAAGCAGAAAACAGGCGUUUCAUCACACUACAGGUGAACUUUGACACAGAUGGCUGUAUAUAGGCUUACAAAUGACGAGUACCGUCUGAUAUUAGUAGUAUACUUAGGUGUUGGAACAGCUGUUUAAGUGACAAAUAUGACAGGAAAUAAUUUUACAUAUUUACAAAGCAGAAAAAUCCGAAUGUCACUCAAUCUUAGGUGUCACUACAUUCAUUUGGUAUAUCACCCUAUGAAGUUUGACCUAUGCCCUGACAGUAUGGUUAAUGUGUACUCGGUAUAGCAACAGAAUUUGAUAUGGCUCUACAUGUUUAUUAAAGUGUGAAAAUGAGAAAUGUCAGUGUAUCAUAAAUGUUAUUUUGGGAGUAACUAUCAUGCAUCUAUAAAAUGACGCAGGUUGAAGAUUUGUAGCUCAAAAGAUUUCUCUUGGAAGUGGAAAAACUACAUUUUACAUUUAACUGAUGGGUUUGUCAUGUUAUUCUCUGACUUUUUUGUCAGGCUGCAAUGUGGUCAUUUCCAGCAGAAAGCUGGAGCGGUUAGAAGCAGCAGCUCAGGAGAUGAGACAGAAAAUUCCUCCAUCCAGCUCAGCCAGUGUCACCCCUCUACCAUGUAACAUUAGAAAUGAAGACGAGGUUUGUCUCUGCACGCCCUCUGCCUCUAACAGUGCCUUGUGUUGUUUUCACGGUCGCCUGGUUUCAUAGUAACAUGUUGUUGUAUUGUCUUUGCUGCAGGUGAAAGAUCUUGUUUCUACAGUGCUGAAGAAAUACGGCAGGAUAGAUUUUCUGGUUAACAACGGGGGAGGUCAGUUCAACAGCCCCGCAGAGCACAUUUCCUCUAAAGGCUGGAAAGCUGUGAUCGACACAAAUCUGACAGGGACCUUCCACUGCUGCCAACAGGGUGAGAUAUACACUCACCGGCCACUUUAUUAGGUACACCAUGCUAGUAACGGGUUGGACCCCCUUUUGCCUUCAGAACUGCCUCAAUUCUUCGUGGCAUAGAUUCAACAAGGUGCUGGAAGCAUUCCUCAGAGAGCUUGGUCCAUAUUGACAUGAUGGCAUCACACAGUUGCCGCAGAUUUGUCGGCUGCACAUCCAUGAUGCGAAUCUCCCGUUCCACCACAUCCCAAAGAUGCUCUAUUGGAUUGAGAUCUGGUGACUGUGGAGGCCAUUUGAGUACAGUGAACUCAUUGUCAUGUUCAAGAAACCAGUCUGAGAUGAUUCCAGCUUUAUGACAUGGCGCAUUAUCCUGCUGAAAGUAGCCAUCAGAAGUUGGGUACAUUGUGGUCAUAAAGGGAUGGACAGGGUCAGCAACAAUACUCAGGUAGGCUGUGGCGUUGCAACGAUGCUCAAUUGGUACCAAGGGGCCCAAAGAGUGCCAAGAAAAUAUUCCCCACACCAUGACACCACCACCACCAGCCUGAACCGUUGAUACAAGGCAGGAUGGAUCCAUGCUUUCAUGUUGUUGACGCCAAAUUCUGACCCGACCAUCCGAAUGUCGCAGCAGAAAUCGAGACUCAUCAGACCAGGCAACGUUUUUCCAAUCUUCUAUUGUCCAAUUUCGAUGAGCUUGUGCAAAUUGUAGCCUCAGUUUCCUGUUCUUAGCUGAAAGGAGUGGCACCCGGUGUGGUCUUCUGCUGCUGUAGCCCAUCUGCCUCAAAGUUCGACGUACUGUGCAUUCAGAGAUGCUCUUCUGCCUACCUUGGUUGUAACGGGUGGUUAUUUGAGUCACUGUUGCCUUUCUAUCAGCUCGAACCAGUCUGGCCAUUCUCCUCUGACCUCUGGCAUCAACAGGGCAUUUCCGCCCACAGAACUGCCGCUCACUGGAUAUUUUUUCUUUUUCGGACCAUUCUCUGUAAACCCUAGAGAUGUUUGUGCGUGAAAAUCCCAGUAGAUCAGCAGUUUCUGAAAUACUCAGACCAGCCCUUCUGGCACCAACAACCAUGCCACGUUCAAAGUCACUCAAAUCACCUUUCUUCCCCAUACUGAUGCUCGGUUUGAACUGCAGGAGAUUGUCUUGACCAUGUCUACAUGCCUAAAUGCACUAAGUUGCCGCCAUGUGAUUGGCUGAUUAGAAAUUAAGUGUUAACGAGCAGUUGGAGAGGUGUACCUAAUAAAGUGGCCGAUGAGUGUAGACUGCUAACACAGGUUCAUUACCAUGGGCUCUCAGUGUGACAGUUGUUUUUCUGUCCUGACAGUCUAUACUGCAUGGAUGAAAAAGCACGGAGGAGUGAUCGUCAACAUCAUCGCUGACAUGUGGAAAGGCUUCCCUGGCAUGAGGUAAGAAGCACAGAGUGCAAAGAUAAACCUCACACAAUCAUAUCCUUUUCAUUCACCAUCAUCCUCUCCCCAACAGCCACACAGGGGCAGCGAGGGCAGCCGUGGACAACCUGACAAAGACUCUGGCCAUCGAAUGGGCGGCCUCAGGAGUCCGGGUCAAUGCUGUAGCUCCAGUAAGGAUAGGUUAACAGAGAUAAGAAGUAUGAUUCUCAUAUCAUGUGGUCAUUUUAAGCAUUUUCAUGUAUUUUUCUGCUUGCAGGGCACAAUCUUUUCUAAAACUGCGAUGGAGAACUACAAAGAGUACGGGCCUGAACUUUUUAAGAUGUCUGUUCCAUUCAGCCCUGCAAAGAGGCUGGGAGUGCCUGAAGAGGUGUGUAUGAUGUUAUGUAUAUACUGUCCAUGAAGUGCUGAAGCUCAACCACACUCUGAGGGAUUUUAUCCAACAGGUGUUUCUCUGUGUGUGACAGUUUGAUUAUUUAAGGCAGCAAGCACCAGGGCCUUGAUUUGCAUAUUCUCUUAAGUGUGUCAGGUUACUUGCACUUCAAAUUUCAUACUGAUAUAACUGGAAUUGCAAUAAGUACAAUGACAUUUCUGUAUUUACAUUAUUUUGACAGUCAUUUUUAAAAAAAAAAAAAAAGAGUUUUUUGGAUACCAAAAACCAAAUGGUCCAAAGUUGGGAGUGCUCAUUAUUAUUUUGUGAUGGGCCAUUGUCUGGAAUUAGUAGAAAUGCCAGUGAAAAAAGGUUUCAAAAAACAUCAUAAAACCUUACUCUGGCAGAGUAACCAUGUUGAUGAUACCAAAAUGUCGAGAUAGGGAAUAUUUGACAACUGGAGCUACCAAGUAAAGUGCACAUCAGUAACUACUAAUCCCAUUCACACAUGCUGGCUGUGCCACAAUAUAGAGCUGAGAACACUUAAUCAUGUUGACUCCACAGGGAUCAGAUCACCACCUUUCUACUUGAGAGAUGACUAACGCUGAGCCACAGUUGCCUCAAAGUGCUUUACAAAAACAUGAAAGCUGAAUAAAUGAAUAUGGAACAAUGUAGAAAUAAAAUCCAGGAGGACAAACAAUGUGUGAACAGAUAUAUCUGUUUGAAGCCAAACCUGUAGCACAGUACUAAAAUGCGAUGAAAGUUGCUGUCAUGAAUAGUGAAGGCUGAACCCUAAGAAUUGGAAGAGCAAUACAUGCAGUCUGUGUUGUGUGUCUGAAUUUGUUUCACUUCUAUUCAACCUUUUAAUUUGUUCUGUUUUUAUGUUCAGAUCUCAUCAGCCGUGUGUUUUCUGCUCUCUCCUGCUGCCACAUACAUCUCUGGAGCCACUCUGAGAGUCGAUGCUGGACAGAGCCUGUACCGCUCCAUAUGGGAGAUACCCGGUACGGACAUCUUUCAAACUCAUCUGCAACCAUUUUUUUUUAAUAGUAGUUAUUUACUUCUGCUCAUUAUACAAUUUUACAUGGCUUAAUAAACACUUAUGUGUUUUUGCUUUUUCCAGACCACAGUGCCUGGCCUGAGGCUCCAGAGGGGGAGAACUUUGACCAUCUGAAGAUGCUACUCAACCCAAAAAGUAAACUAUGAUUCACAGUGGUGACUGAGGAUGAGUCAGUGUAUAGAUACACACGCAGAUAUCGUGGACAUGGAGCUCUACGUUCACCCUAAGCACUACAGAAGAUCAGGAAACCACAGUGACCUGGUUUUGAGGCAUAGUGAUUUUUUUUUUAAAUCAUGGACAUAAUUGUGUCUGAUCAGUUUCCUGGAUAUAAACAGUUUGAUGUAAUAAAUAAAUAAAUCAGUGCCUUUCAUUUCAGUAAAUAAAAAAUGACAAAGUCUUUUUUAAACUGAGUCCAAACAGCAACAAAGUAUGAAGAUUUUAUUCCAGGAAGAUGGCUAUUAAAAAACCUUUAUUGUCCCUAAGGCUGUUUAAGAAGCCUUAUUCUCACUAUUAUGACCACUGUCUUGGUUAUUAGUUGAUGAGUGGAAAGGAGACCUAAUUUUUAAAAGCCAAUCUUUAACAUUUUAAAGGGCUUGUCAUGUAAAUCUUGUUCUAGUCUGAUUUUAUUGUACUGACUUUGUUUUGUCAUUUGUUCACAGUGUUUAUGACGUAAGGUAUUUGUCAUAUUAAAUAUAGUCAUACAUGUUGAAAAAACAAACUUUUUACCUGUUUCUGCCUGUUGUAAACACUACUAAAAAUAUUAAUUAAAUAGAUGGUAUAAAUUAUAAAUAUGGUUUGCACUUUGGAAAA